AUACACAAAUGACAAUUGACAUAUUUCGGAUUUUCAUUAUUUCGAAGUUUUUCUGUGAUAUUUAUAAAUAUCCGUAUUCCAUAUGUCAUAAUCAUUUGUAUCUGAAAUUUGUCGUGAAUAGCACGUAAACAUUAGUUCCUGUAAAUUCGCAGAGAUUUAAUAAGAUUUUCUUAUUUUCUAAAUUCUAGUAUAAUGUCUCAAGCUCGUCUCGCUUCGUGUUUACCUUUGCCUCUAGAUCAGAAAGUUUUAGUGAAUGUGAUAGAAAAAGCCAAGGACUGGGCGUUGAUGCAUGGAGUCGGAAUGAGAGACAGGAAAAAUUUCACCAAAGACUCUAUUCAAAUUGCUCCAUUUGUGUUACUGCCAUCGCCAUUCCCUCGAACAGAGUUCACCAAAGCAGUAGAGCUUCAACCAGUUUUGAAUGAACUGAUGCACAAGGUCGCUCAUGACGACGACUUCUUAGAGCAUACUCUUCAAAAUGCGCUGCAAGUUGACGAAUUCACAGCCAACCUGUACGAUAUUUGGGUCAAAGUCAGAAAUGAAGGGAUAGCACAACCGAUAUCGUUAGGUAUGCUCCGCUCGGACAUCAUGUUGGAGUCGCGGUGCCCGCACACGGAGAACCAGUGCGCGAAGCACACGCCCUACUGCUCCUGGAAACAGGUGGAAAUCAACUGCAUCGCGUCGGGCUUCGGCCACCUGGGGCCCUCGGUCAGCCUCGGCCUGUUCCGCUCCGACUACCUGAUGCAGCAUCCAGACGGCAACCGGAUAAAACAAGUGGAGUUUAACACGAUCGCGUCCAGUUUUGGCGCCAUAACUUCGCAUCUGCCCGCGAUGUCUCGCUAUAUCUUGAGGCAGCUCGGGCAUGGUGAUAUGAUUAAAAAUAUGCCAGAGAACCGUGCUCUCUCCGGCCUGUGUUCGGGCAUCACCGACGCGUACGACCUGUUCGGCGUGCCGACCGCAAUAGUACUGUUCGUCGUCGAGGAGGUCUCCUACAACAUCUGCGACCAGAGGUUCCACGAGUUCGAGAUAUCUGAGACCAGGCCCGAGAUACAGAUUUACAGGAAAACGUUGAAUGAAAUAUAUGAAGAAACAGAACUCAACGACAAGAAGCAGCUCGUAUUAGACGGGCGUCCAGUGGCAGUGGUGUACUAUCGCUCGGGCUACGAGCCCGCCCAGUACCCAUCGAACCGCGAGUGGGAGGCGCGGCUUCGCGUCGAGAGGUCCACGGCGAUCAAGUGUCCGUCGAUCAGCUACCAGCUGGCGGGCACGAAGAAGGUGCAGCAGGCGCUGGCGGCGCCGGGCGCGCUGGAGCGCUUCGUGCGCGGCGCGGCGUCGGUGCGCGUGCGCGACAUCUUCACCGGCCUCUACGCGCUCGACUUCGACGACAGCGGCGAGCGCGCCGUCGACAUGGCCAUCGCAGACGCGGAGAGGUUCGUGCUGAAGCCGCAGCGCGAGGGCGGCGGCAACAACGUGUACGGGGCGGAGGUGCGCGACGCGUUACUGCGCAUGCGCCACAGCAGGGAGCGCGCCGCCUACAUACUCAUGGAGCGGAUCCUGCCGCCGCUGGUGCAAGGGUACGUGGUGCGUCCGGGCGCGCCCGUGCCGCCGCCCGUCGUCGACCUCGUGUCCGAACUCGGCAUCUUCGGAGUCAUCAUCGGAACCAAAGAUAAGAUUUAUAGUAACAAGCAAGUGGGGCACAUGCUUCGGACGAAGUUAGCCGACGCGAACGAAGGCGGCGUGGCGGCUGGUCUCGGGGCUUUGGACUCUCCAUACUUGCUGGAUAUGUAGCCUAAGAUCAAAAUUACGAGGAAAUUAUAAAUAAAAAUAUUCCAAAUAGAUCACCUCCAAAACAUAAAUUAAUAUCUUUUAAAUUGACCAAUGGUUCGUUCCCUAUUAGAUGGGCUUUAAUAUAGCUGUCUACCCUCUGAAAAGGGAAAAGGCGGGUUUAUUUUUUGGAGGUUAUCGAAGUUUAUAAAAAACAAAAUAUGCAUCUAAAAAUAUUGCUCAUUUUAACCAAAAAAGUUUUACCAAUUGACGUCUUGUAUCCAGAAUUAAGGUUAAUGAUAAAUAUCUAAUGUGAUAAUUAAUAUGUUUGUAAAUACAAAUUAUAGUAUAAUGUUAAUGUAGUUGCUGGUAGGAUCUAUUUUAUAUCCGCCCGGAUAGCGACUGUACACAAGAUGUUAAAACCCGCCAUAGUGGCUGACGUAAGUGUGUCGCGUUCCGGGAUCAAACUGUGAAUAUCCGGCACCUGCAGGCCGGCACAAUUGUGUUGACAGACGAGGGGCUAUCAUCUCUCGUCAGAUCCGGCAGCAACAGGCCGGCGUAAUUGUGUCGACUGCCAAGGGGUAAUCAUCUCUCGCCAGUCGACAUUCUAUUGGACCCCACUCCACUACCACCAGGUGCCGUGGGGUAACUUUACUGUGCCCGCAUCAAAAGACAUUUUUAUCAGUGUUUUGUUCAUAAUUUUUUUUAUAUGGAUUGUAGACCACAAAGGCCGCGUUAGUUUAGCUCGCGGAUAUAAAAAAAUACAUAAUCACACUGUUAAUAAAAUAAUAACCAUUUCCAAAAUUGUUAUUUGUGUGAAUCGUCAAAAAUCUCAUUUCUGUUUGCGACCUUUUUUUUAAGUUGCUAUGAAAUUUAACUUAUUAAAAAUAUGUAGAUCAAAAAUUAAACCAAAUUAAAUCAAAAAUAAAAAAUUAGCAUGAAAAAAACGUCGCAAUCAGAAAUGAGUUUUUUGACGAUUCCCACAAAUUAUUAAUUUAAAUUGGAAUAAGCCAUUAUUUUAUUAAGAGUGCGAUUAUAAUACAAUCAUAAAGAAGCUGAACAAAUAUAAAACUUCAAAAUGCUUCUCCAAGUCUAGGUACGGCAGGUUAGAUAGCCGAAUAGGCAAACGGGAUUUAUGGACUUAACUAUACGGCUAUCAAACCCACACUUCGAUUAGAACGCCCGUAAUUCCAGGACAAAUAUGCCCCCGUAAACGGACUAGGGCAGGGAUGGCGAACCUUUGAUGGUUAACGUGUCAUUUAUAAAUGAAAUAUGGCCUAUAACGUAUCAUCCAGGACUCUUUUUAGCGACUUUUUUCAUAACCCAACUAUGGUUUGCAUUUUCUUUUACCUUGGCCUUGGCAAUGUGUUUCACUGCGCCUAAUGUUAAGCUAAGUGAAGCAUAAAGAAAGAGCCGUAAACAAUGUUUGUCACAGUACUCGCGCGCCCGAAUGAUUUUGUCGCGUGCAUUUGGUUCGCCAUCCCUGGACUAGAGCCUAUUCUGACUAAUUAUUUCUAAUGUAUUUGUGCGUAUUGUUGUACUUAUUUCUAAUUUACACAUGUUUGGACCGAAGAAUUUAAUUUAAUGAUGUAUGAUAAAUUUUUAUAUUUUAUUUUAAACUUUUAUCCUAGUUUGCUUAAGCUUCGUCAUAUUGCUUUGGUAAAAAGGCUUCUCGGUUCUGCCGUGUCGAUGUAGCAGUAAGUCAAAAAAGCGGUUCUGCUCCAUUACAUGGUUAACUAGAUUAUCGUAUCGUUGUUACUGCUGUUUAUCAUACAAGAAAAUGCAUUUAUAAUUUACGUCGAUGUAUGAAACAUAGACAGAAAAAAAAUCCGUUUAACGUAAAUUUCAAAUCAUUUAUAAAGAAUUAAUAUUUGACUUACUGCCUUCUUGAUUAGGGCAGAGUUAUUUUUGAAGUUUUGACAAAUAUUUAGAACACCCAGGAGACUUUUCUGCGUAUUUGCUGGCGAAUAUCCUCGAGUUCUCUGUUAUACAAAUAUCAUUCCUUUAUGUAUGGUUAAGUUUGUAUUUUUGUAAAUUUUUGUAUGUUGUAGUUUAUAGUGCUGUAAUGGAAGUUAGAGAUGUAUGUGUACUGACACAGUGGCGAAAGGUCCAUAUAACCAGAUUCCUACCGGCGUCCCUUCAUAUGAGAAAGAAAGAAAGAAAGAAAAGAAAUUUAUUUUGCAACAAACACAAGUUACAUAAAAAUAACAGACAAACAAGCGAAACAGACAAAAAAAAACUUAAAACUAUGUUUGUCACAAAAAAGGCACCAACUCAGCAAUAUGCUGACAGUGAAGCCAGCGCUGAUCUUCCGUUGGGCCGUUAUAUAGAAUCUAAUUAUCAUUAGAAUGAUUUGCAGACCGCAUUCAUGCAUAUUAGUACCUACAUCGUCACUUUCGGAUAAUUCCACCUUUCGCUACUGAUGUAUGUCAUAUAUAAAGCAACGGAAUUGAUAUUUCAUUUCGUUUAUGGAAAAUUAUUUCACUUAUCACUAAUGUAACGAUUGCAGAGCGUGCUCGACAUUGUUUGCAUGUGAUUACAGUACGUUGCGAAAUAUGAACGAUUUGUUGAUCAACAUGCUCGGUGCUUGUUGAGCAACAUAAACAUUUAACGUGUAGUGUUAAAAUUAAAAAAAUGUUGAUUUUUAAAUGUAAGUAACUAAUGUAUUAUAUAAUUUGUAUUUUUGUAUGUUGGACAAAAUAUAGUGUAGUAAACAGGGAAA